CUCUCUCUCUCCAUUGAUUUAUUUUUUUCCUUCGCAAACCCUCCGGAGGCUCUCUCUCCCUCGCUCCCUCUUUCUUUCGGUUAAUUUCCUUCUUUGGGGAAGCUUGCUGGUGCAAUCAUGGCUGCCGACCUCAGUCUAAACAGAGCGGGACAACCCGAGCCACGGUCCGGUAACACGCAGUGGCUCUGGAACGUGCACAGGCCCGCAGACGACCUUGACGACUCAUGGGAAGCUCGCGCCUUUGCAGAGGACGCGGGGAACAUCCUGGGCGCGACGUGGCCACCUCGCUCCUACACUUGCACCUUCUGCCGGAGAGAAUUCCGGUCGGCACAGGCCCUCGGCGGUCACAUGAACGUCCACCGCCGGGACCGCGCGCGACUCCGCCAGCUUUCUCCGGCUUCCUCGCCCGUCGCUGUACCCGAGCCCGCUCCGCCUUCGCUCCUCUUCUCCCAACCGGAGCUCGCCACCUCCGGACCCGGGGGUCUGUGCAUGAUGUAUGCCUUUCCCGGCGCCGGCGGUCGGGCAUCGCCGGCAUUCUUCGGACCGGGAAUAGCAGAAUGCGCGGACUCGCCGUCGCCACUUCUCCCAGUUUCUCACUACCCACCUGGCAACCCACCUCCCUCGUCGGUGCAAUUCCCUCCGUCGUCCCUCCCCUUCCCCAACAGCCAAAUCGGAUUUUCCGACCUAGCUGCAAUAAUGGCGGACCGCACACCGAAGUACGGGAGCUCGGCCUUCAAUAUUGAAGAACUCGAUCUUGAGCUCCGCCUUGGUCAUAAACCGUAGCAGCAGUUCUUUUACUACUGCAUUGGAAACCAGAAUUCUUCUCUGUUUUUGCACUGACACUGUAACUCUAAAUCGAGUUGUUACAAAUUCUGCCGCAUCUGUAUGAUUCCAACCCAUUCCGGCAUGAUUUCUGUGAAUGCUUAGCAGAUGACUGAAACCUGCUGCCGGAAUCCGGCCAGUCACAAUCCUUAGGUUGGUACUCUAAAUUUUGAUUAUAUAUAUAUUCGAUUUUAUGAACUUUCAUAAA